GUGAUGGGCGUCCUCCUCGGCAGGCUCUUAUAGUGUCUGCCCAGGCCAGGCUCACCGGUCUCCCUCGUCCCCUGCAGGUCAGGUCAGCGGCCAGCGCCAAGCUCCCCGCCAGCUGCAGCCAUGAGCCACUGGAGGAAGGACCACUUCGGGGCCAGUAGCUCAGAGCCCCUCAAGGUCAUCAUCAUUGGCAAUGGUCCCUCCGGCAUCUGUUUGUCCUACCUGCUCUCCGGCUACACCCCCUACGUGAAGCCCGGUGCUGUCCACCCACAUCCCCUCCUGCAGAGGAAGCUCUUGGAGGCACCGGGGGUCUCCAUCCUGGACCAGGACCUGGAUUACCUGUCUGAAGGCCUUGAAGGCCGGUGCGAAAGCCCUGUGGCCCUGCUCUUCGAUGCCCUCCUGCGCCCAGACACAGACUUCGGAGGAAACAUAGAGUCGGUCCUGACCUGGAAGCUCCAGAAGGAGCGAGCCAUCCCCCACGUGGUCCUGGGCCGGAACCUGCCUGGGGGAGCCUGGCAUUCCAUUGAAGGCUCCAUGGUGACCCUGAGCCAAGGCCAGUGGAUGGGGCUCCCGGACCUGCAGGUCAAGGACUGGAUGCGCAAGAAGAGAAGAGGUCUUCGUAACAGCCGCGCCACGGCCGGGGACAUCGCUCACUACUACAGGGACUACGUGAACAAGAAGGGCCUGGGCCACAACUUUGUGUCUGGCGCCGUGGUCACGGCUGUGAAGUGGGGGACACCCGAGCCCAGUGGUUCUGGUGCCCAAGACCCCAGUCCCCUCUUCCAGGUGAGCGGCUUCCUCACCGCCGAGGACCAGAGCCAGCAGCCCUUCUCCCUGUGUGCCCGCAACGUCGUCCUGGCCACGGGCACGUCAGACAGCCCGGCCCGGCUGGGCACCCCCGGGGAGGCCCUGCCCUUCGUGCACCAUGAGCUGUCAGCCCUGGAGGUGGCCACAAGGGCAGGCACAGUGACUCCAGCCUCGGACCCCGUCCUCAUCAUCGGCGCAGGGCUGUCGGCAGCGGACGCGGUCCUCUACGCCCGCCACUACAACAUCCCCGUGAUCCACGCCUUCCGCCGGCCUGUGGACGACCCCCGCCUGGUCUUCAAUCAGCUGCCCAAGAUGCUGUACCCGGAGUACCACAAGGUGCACCAGAUGAUGCGGGAGCAGUCCAUCCUGUCACCCAGCCCCUACGAGGGCUACCGCAGCCUCCCGGAGCACCAGCUGCUGCUCUUCAAGGAGGACCGCCAGGCUGUGUUCCAGGACCCCAAGGGGCUCCAGAAGGUCUUCGGCAUCUCCCUGGUGCUGGUUCUCAUUGGCUCCCACCCCAACCUCUCCUUCCUCCCUGGGGCAGGCGCCGACCUGGCUGUGGACCCUGACCAGCCACUGAGCGCCAAGAGGAACCCCAUUGACGUGGACACCUUCACCUACCAGAGCACACAGCAGGAGGGCCUGUACGCCGUGGGGCCGCUGGCGGGGGACAACUUUGUGCGAUUUGUGCAGGGUGGGGCCCUGGCCGUGGCUAGCUCCCUACUGAAAAAGGAGGCCAGGAAGCCGCCCUAGCACCUGGCCUGGCAUCCUCACACCCAGGCCCUAAAGAGGAGGGGAGAUCACCACAGCCCUGCUGGAUCCAAGACACCCUAGUGAGGGAAGGGGGCCUCUCCCGGCAGGAGACAGGAGUGGCCAUGAGCUCCUGCAACAGGCUUCUCAGAUGAAGAGGAGUGGGGAACCCAGGCUGCCAGCACUCAGACCAGUGCUCAGGGUGGGAACAGUGGCCCAGACCUGUGAUUUGGGGUGAAAGGUGCCAGUGUGAGCAAGGGCCAUCAGGGCCAGCCGAGUGCUGAGCCGGGAGUCAUCUAGGCCCGCCCCUUGCAGAACCAGGUUCCAAAUAAA